AAGAAAAAAAUUUAAAGCUGAUAAGUUUUUUUAUAUUAUAAUAAAAUAUAACUCUAAUAAUGUUUAGUAGUUAUUUUAGGUAUAUCCCUUUUACUUUAGCGCUCCUAAUCUUACCCGAUGACGUCAAAGCUGCCAGAUUAGAUGCAGUCGAUAGUGACGUCAGAGUAACAAAAAAUGUCGAGGAUACAUAUUACGACGUUAAUGACAACAAAGUUUUUACUCUAGCGGCCAUUUUACCCAACAACGAGUUCUUCAAGAGAGACUAUAGACGUGCCCUGACAAGUAUUUUGAAAGAACAUAAUCAACAGGCAUCUACUAAGAGCAUAGCAAAAGUUGUAGCACUCCAAAAUAACGAUGCUAAAGUGGUGGUAUCAUUGUCUCAGGAGGGCAAAUCGAAUUUUAAAACUGUAAGAGACUCUUCAAGAGGCUAUGUUAGGAGUGACCACAAUGAUCCUUUCCGCGACGCUGAUAAUUUUGAUAACUUCAACAAUGCCAUUGACACCGGGCAUUCUAUUCGGGGGGAUAUUGAUCAAGUAGGUAGAUAUAUUAUCGCAACCAAGAGUCACGUAAGAACCCGCGACUUAAGGGGUCCCGAAUUUUAUAACGUAUCCUCUAUUAGUAGGAAGGAUGUGGGUAGUUAUCCGUGGAAAAAUUAUGGGAGAUACGUGAAACGUUAUUAUGACAAUAAGAGGGACAAUCAAAAAAACGAUGACAGCGGUUCCGCGUCAUCUCACAAAAAUGAAUCGUUUCCAUCUUCUUUGUAUCGGCCAGAAAAAUCGCUGACCAAAUACUUGAGUUACAAGUUGAUGGCCAAAGAAUUUUACGUGACCAGCUGGGAGCUCGAUGAUAUAAUUGACUUGUGUUGCGACAAAUUAUUGCCGACUCAACUAAGCGCUAUCUUAUUCGUGAAUUACGAUUCGGCUUACUCAACCUCCGUGGCAUCGACCGUUGGUUAUUUGUUCAAAUCUUUAGACCUUUUAGGAAUUCCAUCUUUAAUCUGGAACGCCGAUAAUUCAGCAUCCAUUUUUCAGGAAACGUCCCAAACUAAUAUGAUCCAACUAGCCCCGACCAUAAAACAUCAAACUUUAGCUAUCCUUAGCGUAUUAGACAGAUAUUCCUGGGAGCGUUUUGUUGUGAUAAGUAGCAAAAAUAUCGUGGGAAAACAAGAUAUAAUAUCUGGCAUGCGAUAUUACGUUUUGGAUCCUAAAUCAGUCUUCAGAAAAUUUAAAAUCUUGAAGAUAGUCAAAUUGGAAUCGUUCACUCAGAAUGAUUUAGUGACGAGUCUAUACCCACUGACGCUAACUACCGCGCGAAUUUUUGUAUUGCACUCUAGUAGGGAUGAGGCCUCGAAAAUCUUUAAAAUUGCGAAUGAUUUGAAGCUAACCGGUAAAGAUUAUAUGUGGAUAGUUACUCAAUCCGUGGUCGGAAAUACUCAGGAAUUUAUGGAUUUUGAUAAACAACAAAUCUACCCUGUAGGGAUAUUCGGCGUAUACUUCGAUAAUACUCCCGAAUCGCUGGUCGAACAAAUAGAGAUAGGUACUGCGGUGUUCGCUAACGGAGUUCACGAUUUCGUUAUAAAGGAAAACUUGGCUAAAAUCGACAACUUCUUACUAACCAAAUCAAAUUUAUCCUGCCAUAAUCCUUAUUCCAGCGAUUUGAUAGCUCACCAAGAAGGCUCGUUACUUUACGAUUAUUUCCUAAAUGCUAAUUUCAACUUCGGGUCCUCCUCCAAGAAGAAUGUCUCGUUCGGCGAGGAUGGUACAUCCAAAAAUAUUCAAUUAGAUAUCAUAAAUCUCAACACAGAGCGGCAAUGGAUGAAAAUAGGGAAAUGGAAUUUGGAUGAAGGUCUGAAGAUAAAGGACAUAGUUUGGCCAGGUAACGAGCAUCUCCCACCGAAGGGUAUUCCAGAACAAUUUCAUUUAAAGGUCACCACAUUGGAGGAACCCCCAUUCGUUAUUAUAAUGGAGAUAGCGAAUCGAAACGAAAAUCGUGAAAGAAAUGAUGAUAAGAAGAGCCAGGCUAAAGAUAACGAUGAUGCUGAAACGCAAAACGAGAAUAAAACGAAAGGCGUUCAGUUAAAUAAUUAUUGCAAUGGCGGGAUAUUGUGCAAGCCUAUCAUGGAUGAAACCACCUUGACAAUUGAAAAAAUUAAUAAUCGUACCUAUUCCAAUGUUUGGACUUGUUGUUCAGGUUAUUUUAUAGACAUUCUCGAAAAAUUAAGCCAAGAUCUGGGUUUCACCUAUGAUUUGACAUACACCACAGAAGAACAUUCCAUUGUUUCGGAAAAAGGUAAAUCGAAUAUAUUAGUCGAUAGCUUGCUAGAAGAAAAAACGGAAAUGGCGAUAGGAUUAACUAUAACAUCGCAAAAUUCGGAGAUCAUAGACUUCUCGAUACCCUUUUUAGAGACCGGUAUUGCUAUUGUGGUGUCUUUAAGAACUGGGUCUAUUUCUCCCAUCGCAUUUUUAGGGAUACAAAACGCACCAGUAUUUCAUGCGCUAUUUCCUAAUUUUUCAGAACCUUUCGAUUAUGUGACCUGGAUCAUGAUAUUGUUGAUAUGUAUACACGCGGCAGCCUUUUCCAUUUUUCUGUACGAAUAUAUUAGUCCUAUGGGAUUCGACAUGAAGAAACGCAACCCUACAAGAGAAGCAAAUUUUUCGGUAUUCAGAGCCAUUUGGUUAGCAUGGGCGAUUUUAUUCGGUGCAUCGGUUCAAGUCGACAUACCUAAAAGUCACACGAGCCGCUACUUAAUUACCAUAUGGUCAAUGGUAGCCAUGGUGUUUAUAGCUAGUUACACGGCUAACUUAGCAGCCUUCAUGAUAUCAAAAGAAGAUCAUUACGAUUUCGUGGGCAUUCACGAUACCAGGCUUAGAAAUCCUUAUUCCAAAGAACCGCCAUUUAAGUAUGGAACAGUAUCGUUUAGCUCAUCGGCUCUGAAUAUUAGAAAUAAUUACCCCGAUAUGUAUUCAUAUAUGAAGACACACAAUCGCACCCACGUUAAGAAUGGUAUUAGCGCUGUUAAAAAUGGAUCACUAGACGCUUUUAUUUACGAUGGAAGGGUAUUGGAAUAUUUGGUGGGUCGAGAUGACGAGUGCAAAAUACUAACGGUUGGGUCAUGGUUCGCAAUGACCGGAUAUUCAAUAGCUUUUCCCAAAAGUUCGGAAUUAAAAACAGCUGUUGAUUCUAUGCUCAUGAAAUACCAAGAAAAUGGGGACAUGGGUAGAUUGCAACAUUUUUGGUUGUCGGGAGAUUGUAAAUUGAAAAAGAAUCAAAACGACUCCAGUCACCCGUUGGGACUGCGGAAUUUCAUAUCGGCCUUUACGUUGCUCGGGGCUGGUCUAUUCUUGAGUCUCAUUUUCUUGGGAUUCGAGCACAUUUAUUUUAAAUUCCUGAGAAAGCACUUAAAGAAAAUUGACAAACACGGAAUUUGCAGCCUUAUAUCCCUGAAUAUGGGCCGAACCUUAAGCUUCGAAAAGACGGUCAUCGAAAUUCGAAAUAAAUUUGUGGGACAAAAAUGCAAUAAUAUGGCCUGCAAGACACAAAUAUGGAAGCUAAAACAAGAAUUGAUAUUUUCCGGUGUUAAAGUUAAGCAAUUGGAAAAUAUGACGGAAAUAUCGAAAGGAUAUUUUGAAAAUGAAAAUAAAUCGGCAAAUAUUCGAAACUAUAAUGGAUUGAAGUAUGUACAAGUUGGCAAGAGAAUGUCAGUCCUAGCGGAAAAUGAAACUUCUUUGUAACUUUGAAUUGGGACUUUAAUACUUACAAAUAUUACAUAUUUUUUUUAAAAAAAAACCAUAUUUCAAAAAAUAUAUAAAAUAAAUAUUUAAUUUUUAUAAUAACAAAUUCGCUAUAUAUGAUAAUAUAAAUGCCCACCCUCCUUUAUCAUUUUUUAAUUAAAUAUCGAAUAAAAUUAAUAUUCUCGUAACCAAAAAAAACGAAG